UUUUGUUUGUGUAUGUUGGGCUCAACACAUUAUUUGAAGUAACAGAAAAAACAUAUAUUCAUUCCAGUUUAACAUCAGCUCGAACUAGAGCCAUUGAAGAUUCGUUAUUUUUGUGUCUCGCUUUUCGUUCGUCUUCGAAAUUCGAAAUUCAUAAGCCGUACAAAGAGGAGAGCAGGGGGGAGAUCGAAAAUGGCGUUCAAUUUCAGUGCGAUGCAGUACGAGCGCGGCUUUCAAGCAAAGAGCGUCAGCAAUUGGGAGUAUCCGCGUUUCUCGCCGCCUCUGCCACGCAAUCUGAGGGGCAACUCGACGCCCAUAGCAGGGAACGACGGGCACCUGCUGCCCACAGCGCCCCGGGACGGCAAUUUCCUGGGCAACUACCGCGGCACGUAUCAUUUGCCUCUGCGCAUUACGCGCAGCUUUGCGACGCUCUACAACAACUGCCUAAGCAACAGGUACAAGUAUUGGAAGUACCCCAGAGAUCUGUGCAACUGCCAGCGAGCGCUUAAGCGCCAGUGCGGCUACCGGGAAACGCUGGGCCUCAAGGACGAUCCGCUCUGGCAGCGGCCCGCGUGCCAGACCAAGUGCCAAGGCUUGAAGCAAAUACUCGAAAUCAACAAGCAGCACAUGAAGUGCCGACGCGCCAAGUGCGUGCCAAAGUCGAAUGAAAAGUUGAUUCCGCGCGUUGGCGAUGCCUCGUCCAGGAAUCGAAAGAAGCUAAAGAAGCGUCCAGUCACCGCCUUCGAAUACAAUCGAAACAAUCACCGCGCCGAAGACGCGAAGGCAAAUAAGGCUUCUAAAGAAACUGUCAAGGAUCAUUCUAAGGAGCCCGGCAAGGACAUUAGCAAAGAGGCAUCCAAGGACGCCAAGGUCGCUGUCUCAGCUCCAAAUCAAAACAAGACAACAGCCAAGUCCACUACCAAAGCGCCAAAAUCAAAGAAGCAGUCCAAGUAAUCCCCCUCUCUUUCCACUCGCUGAACUGGUUGACAUACAAAUUCGAACGUGAAAUCUUUU